CUCCAUCCAGAUCUGGUUUCUGGCCGGCUCCCCUCGCCUCCUGCGUCCUCUCGCUUCCAGACCAAGGCCGAAACCACCGGCGCCCUGAGCCCCGAGAACAGCAGGCCAAGCAUGAGUGUAUUUUCGUGGUUCGGAGCUGCCCCAAAGGCGUCCCAGGUCGACCCUCGACUCGAACAGCUCCUGAGCAUCCACACUUAUCCAAACGACUUCAAAUACGACAUUGGGCUGAAUGCCCUGCCGCUGCUCAUCCAUCUUCUGCAAAGCGACCGCUCAGACCCGGAACUGCUUGUGGACCUGAUCGCGGCCCUGUCGAGACUCUGCGUCCUCGACCAGAUCAAGAUCGUCAAAACAAAUGACCAAGCCGAGGACCUUGGGCUGACCUUUACCAAUCUGGUUCUGGAGAGUCCCGACAACGUCAAGGCCCUGAUUUCGGUGCUGGAGGAGAGCAAUCCCUCGCUGCGAGCAAGUGCGCUGAAGCUGCUCCUGCUGCUGCAAAACAACAACAUUGCCAGAUUACGACUGUGUCUCGACCACGAUGCCACCAUUUUCCAUCUCCUGAUGAGUCUGCUCGACACAGACGACACAGCGACCAAAGCAGGCAUCUUGGAGUUCUUGAUUUCCGUGACCAAGGACUAUCCGGCUGGUCUGGACGCCCUCGCUGAACUCAACUACGAGAGACUGGUACCCAAGGUGGCGGCCGAUCCGCUGAGCAGACUGUCGCAGCUGCUCCUUGAGCUUACCCUUCAAAUCUUGCGAGCACACCCCGAAAACCAGGACUACUUUAUGGACUCGGAGACUCUCAUCAAUAUCGAGGCAAUCUUCAGCUCCAGUCUAUUCAAGUUCAGUGCCCCGUUCAGCCCCGAGCCCGACGAGAGCCAACAAAUUGCCGUGACCAAUGCCAUUCUGGUCAUGGAGAUCCUGCGCGAGUUCUUGAACCCCCACAGCCACUCGAAUGUUCGGUACCAGAAUCUGUUCAGCAAGGGAACCAUCGUCAUCAAAGUGGUCGAGCUCGCGCUCGCGCCCUUGGAUGUCAUCCCACUGCCACUCAAGAUCACGGCACUCUGUACCAUGGGAGACCUCAUGCGCGGAAGCUCCUCGAACCAAAAGUACCUGACCUUUGACGAAGCAAACUCGUCCAAAGGGUUCAUCCAGCUGGUCGAAUACGCAACGGGCACACAUACUCUGAUCAACUUGCGGAUAGUUGCAUGCUACGCCUUCGAGUCGUUCCUCAUCCAUAACAACGAAAUGAAGGCGGCGAUUGUCAAGCUCAUCCAGAUUCCUUCCGGCAGGGCCUUCAGCGGUCUUGCGGCGCUUGUGGAUCUUCCGUUGGCUGCCGAGCCCGUUGACCCCACCCGAUUCUGGUUUGCGGCAAACUUCCUGUCCAUCAUCAUUCAGCACAACAGGGAGGCAAAGAAGUGGAUGACCAGUGCCCACGGCGACACCACCAUUCUCCAGCUCUGGAUGAACGCGCUCAUUCGAAACUUUCAGAACCGCGCCGACCCGCGCAUCCAGUCCAGCCUGCUGGUGCUGUUGAUCACAGCCCUGAUUGAAGUCAAAGAUCCAGCGCCAUUUGUGGCUGGCAGCCUUGCCGUGGACCAUCUGGCCGAUAUGGCAUCCGCUGGAGAAACCAUGACCCAGGGCCUGGCCGCAUUCUUUCUCGGACUGUGUCUGAGCUACUGCACAGACGAAGCGCCUGAGCUCAGGAAAUCAAUCCACAAUGGCAUACACACGACACUGGGCAUCGAGAUCUUCAAGUCACGACUUCAGAACCUGUGCGAGCUCCCAACGUUCCGAGAGCUUCAGAAUCGGGAUCACUCUUUGCUGGUGUCUGUCGAGAAAACAUCGACCGGCAUUCCCUGCUUGCUUGUCGACCACAACAUUGUCGAGUUGGUUCAGUCGAUGAAGGAUCACGUUGUGCGCUGCGCCAACCCGGUGGACGAGACUGACUCGAGCCAACUCGCUGAUCUCCAGAGACUGCGCGUACAGCUGGAGGAGAAGGACGAGUACAUCGAAGAGCUGAAACUCCAGAUCCGCCAGCUAGAAGAGAAGGUCGACUCGCUCCAGGCAAAGGCACAGCAGCAGGCCGAGGCUGAGGCCGCUGCCCAAACAGACCGACCCAGCCCCGCUGCUCUGUCCCUCGACGAUGGUGCCGCUGCUGACACGGCUGUCGCAGACUCGGUCGAGCCCGUCAAGCCCAAGUCUAGCGCCGAGCAACAGAAUGAUCCGUCCCAAAGCGACUCGACGGCGCGUCCUCAAGCGGAGGUUCUUGAGACCGCAGCCAACAACGAAGCUGCUGAGAGCCAGGACACUGCUCCCCCGCGCGAUGCAUCCAUCAAGCAAGUUCCCAAAGAUCCCAAGGAUGCCCAGCUCUUCUAUCGCACCGCCAUUUCGAACCAGAUCAACACCGGGCUGGUCAAUCCGCACUACUGCUACGAGCUGGCCGUCUUGCUGCAGCAGUCCAAGGACUAUGCCGGAGCCCUCCGCUACUACAAGAUGGCCUCGCAUCGCGGACACAUCCGCGCCAAAAAGUCCCUGGGCGAUCUGUACUUCCACGGGCUCGGGGUCGAAGCCAACGCCCAGACGGCGUUCGAACACUAUCUGCGCGCCGCCGAGCUCGGUGAUCUGGACAGCCAGAACUAUGUAGGAUUCUGCUACUACAAGGGCAUCGGCGUCAAGGCGGACGACGAGCUCUCGAUCCACUGGUACCAGAAGGCGGCACAGGCGGGCCACACCAACGCGCAGAGCUCGCUCUCGCUCCCGAUGAAGUGUCGGGGCGAUCUGUUUUUCCAUGGCUCCGAGACGAUCCCCAAGGACGUCUUCGAGGCUGUGCGGUGGUACCGCAGGUCCGCCGACCUCAAGAACCCCAUGGCCCAGAACAUGCUUGGGUACUGCUACGAGGAGGGCAUCGGCAUCGAGAAGGACGGCAGAAAGGCCUUUGAGCUGUACGAACGCUCUGCAAAGGAAGGCGGCUGGGCCCCAGCCCAGUUCAACGUCGGCAUGUGCUAUGAGAAAGGCGUCGGAACCGAGCGCGACCUGGCCCUCGCUGAGAUCUGGUACCAAAAGGCCGCGGGACAGAACCACAAGCAAGCACAAGAGGCCCUCGAGGCGCUGCUCAAGAACAAGCAGCUCCUUUGAAGGGUUAGACAUGGGGAUGGCAUGCCGGUUGGAUGGGAGAAGGGAGGAGGUCGUCCCUAUUGACUCGGCAGCAACCAAAAUGCUUGCGGAUGCUUGUUUGAAUGGAGGCCGAGGGUAAUCGGGACCCGGAGCCAUCCACUCAUUUCAGUCGACGAAAGCACUGCUUUGAUUUAUGGACUAU